AUGGACUACAUAUUCCCUCUGGAGACCACCCAGGCAGUCAAUCGCUAUGAGAAACCUUGGCAGGCGUGCUUCUCAUCGAAGGAAACCUACAACCUCGGGCAGAUCGCGUCUGGGUGGAAGCUGCCGUGUAGGUACGCAGAGAACGCCGACGGCACGUAUGACUACGAGGAGGAGCACGCGUGCGAGGUGCUGGUCAAGUCAAACUGCUACUGCUACGCGCUUGACCGCUUCGUGGGGAGCUACUGCGAGCCGGGGCUAGGCGGCACAGGGCGCCCGUUUGAGCUUCCAAUUGAGGACUGCUCAAAGGCGGCAGCAGGGGUCCUGGCUGAUGGCGGACGCGCCGUGGACCGGGACACCGUUUUUGUGACCGCUCCAAGGCCGGCCCAGGGCCACUACAUCGCCCUGGCCAUCAAGCCCGCUUCGUCGCCCGACGACACCGGCGACUUCCACUUCUGGCGGCUGGACUCGAAUGGGGCGUGGUCGUACAAGGCGGGUGACACCAUGGUCCGCAACACACUGCGCAACGGCACCACCAUACGCGACGUCGAGCGGGACGUCAAGGCUCGUGGCAUCUACACCACCUUCUGCGGUUACUUCCAUGUCGUACCCGCGACCCACAAGCUGGUAGGCAACCAGUUCUGGUACAGCAACCUCCCCUCCCGCAUCAAGCUGUGGCGCACCAACGGCGUGAACGCGACGGCGCGCCCGCUGGCGAAGCUGCCGGACGCGUGGCUGGCCGCCUACAAGCAAUACUUUGGUGAGAAUGGCUGGGAGGACGGCACCUGGAUCAGGAGGGACAGCAGGGAGUCGGCCUUCGUCCCCAAGGCCUCCCAGACCGCGUCGUCAUCGUCAUCUGCGGCGGCGGCGGCGGGGCCCGGGGUCGGUGGCAGGAAGGCGGGGCCGUUCGGGCCUGAGCUGCGGCCGGGCACCGCGCCGGAGCUGCAGCGGCCGCCGCAUUGGUACUCGGCGAGGCCGCCGACGAGCCUGUAG